AUGCACCAUACGUGCUCAGCGUUGCUACUUGCGCAUCCUCGGUUGCGCAACCUCCACACUUUCUCAGCUCUAACCGUACAUGCGUUACGCGUACCCUUCACUUAUCACCAGCCACCCCUGCUCUCUCAUUACCCCCUCUAUGCAGAGCUGGCCUACCCGCGGGUGAGCAUCAUAUUCCCUUCAGGCGGCGUCCUCACGGACCUCACGACGCCCUCCACGGGAGCCCUCUUCUCCGCCCAGCCUCUGCCGCUCUUCUCCUUCGCUGUCCUCCGUGAUGGCUGCGGCCGCGAGCUCUACUUCCGAGCCAACUUCUCCUUCACCAUGCUGUACGCCUCCGGCAAGACGGGCGGCGACGGGCUGGCGUUUGUGAUAUCCAGCACGGCCGCGGCCGGCACUCUGGGCGGCAUGGGGUAUGCAGGGAUGGGCAGGUCGAGCCUGGCUGUGGAGUUUGACACGUGGCAGAACAAGGAGGGCAAGGACGUGAGCGACAACCACGUGGGAGUGAACACCCACGGCAGCCCCGUUUCCAAAGUCGCAGUAAAGAGCAAGCUAGUGCUGAACAGUGGCACGCCGUACUUUGUGUGGGUGGAGUACAGCCCUGCAGGCAACGGCACGUUGAAUGUGUCCCUCUCCAAAACGCCCUCUCCCAAGCCUGCCAAACCACUGCUCUCCACGCCCCUCUCGCUGUGCGACGUCCUGGAGCCUACAGAAGACUCCAGUUCGUUCUACUUUGGGUUUGUGGCCUCGUCACGGGACAAGUUCACCCAGCAGCACACGGUUGGCAUCACAACCGUUGAGACAGGCAAGCCUGCCGAGGCCCGUGCUGCUGUCACAUUCUUUCAGUUUUUGCUAUCAUUGGAGCUUGCAGAGUUAGGAAUCACGUUUCCACCACCGUGUGUCACUCCAUCUCCUCAUUUUAUGUGCCCUCCUGUUUCCCACCACGUGUUCCAUCCCUGCUGCAUGCAGGCUAUGCUCCAGCCUCCACACUUUCACAUCGCCGAGCCCGUUUACGCACUACAUGAGCACGGGGUACGCGUGUCUGAGAGAGAAUCAAAAGUGACUCCCAUACAUGUUGUCCGCCUUCCCCUCCCCACAGCCACGGGCCUGCUGGUGUCAGAAGCCACGCUGCGCCCCGCCACCACCAGCCCCUUCACGCGCUACGUCAGCGCGGGGUACUCGCCGGCGCAGGACGGGCAGGCGGCAUGGACCACACGCAGCUACUCCCUGUGGAGCAACACGGGGCAGCUCUGGCAGGCCGCUGAUCAGGGCUUCUGUGUGGUGGCAAGCGUGGAGGCGGCAUAUGGCAUUGCGAGCAACAGCAGCAGCGGCAGCUACCCAUCCCUCUCAGUCAACUCGCUCUACUCACUCAUGGGGUUGCCGCGCUGCUCUGAGGGCUCCCCUUCCCUCGCGUUCAAGCGGCUGACUGAAGUGGCAGCCACCAGUGGCGGGCUGGAAGAGGCCCCCCCCUCCAAGGCUCCCGUCAGGGCUUUGGCUUUGGACCCCGCCACAACACUCGCGCGUCCAGUGGCGGGCUGGAAGAGGGCCCCCUCUCACCACCCUCCAAGUCUUCCAUCAGAGCAUCGGCUUCGCUUCGCCCCUCGCCACGACUCCUCCGGUAUGGCACCCUCCAUGGCUGCUGGCACUCGCUCUAUGGGCAUGGCUGCUGGCACUCGGUCAAUGGGCAUGGCCAUUCAUUAUGCACUCGCAACAUUAGGGCAUUGCAGUCUGUAUAGGGAACACAAUCACGUGCUCACGCCACCACCUACCUUCUUGCGCGUGCAGGGGAAGAAGUACGUGGUGAAUGGGUUUGAGCGCACGGCCUUCAAGGGCUACUUUGGCCUGCUGCUGGCCGUGCAGCGGCAGCCCGUGGUGGUUCACAUCGAGGCCUCCGCUGACUCCUUCAUUCAGUACAACGGGGUGAGAACCCCAUCCAGUGCAAUGGGGUAUGACGGGCUGCAAAAGUAUCAGGACCCCGGCUGCUACACGGGCAACCUCAACCACGUCGUACUCGUUACAGGCUACCUCAUGCUAGGCACUGACGACAGCCGGCCGCACAUCUUUGCGCCGUUCUGGCUCAUCCGCAACUCGUGGGGGUCACAGUGGGGCGACAACGGGUACAUGCGCAUGGGCAUAGAGGCCGGGAGGGGAUGGCGUGUGUGGCAUCAACGUGCUGCCUGGCAUCUACCCCAACGUCAAGUGUGA